AUGACUGAUACUUCUUAUGAAAGAAUUCGAUUUUGUGUUGCCGAAUAUGCAUCACAAAUUUCGUCAGAAAUCUUCUUGGAUUUUAACAGAAGGGUCCCAACAAAUGAGAAUCAUGACGAAGCGUUUAUUUACCAAGCUGUCGAACAGCAUGAGCCAUUCGAAGUCAUUACUGGCGAUGUUUCUUCAACUGCGCCAAUCAUCAUAUUUUAUGGUCAGGGUAAAUCGACACUACGAACGGCAUUAAUGGAAUACGUCAAGAACGUUGAUAUCACAUUGAUUUGUUUCUCAAUUGAUACUUACAUGUGGCAAUGGCUAGAAUCUCAUUCCACAAAAACGGUCGCAUCUCUUGUAGUACAACCUGGCUCCGAUUUCAGGAACAUUAUUGACUGUAGUCAUAAAUACAAUAACGUUUACUCAGUACUGGUUCGAUGUACACAAGAUCAGAUAUUGACUUUACAGCGAUUUGUGAGGUCGUAUGCAAGAGUCGAUGGUAUAUUCGAUAGUGACCAGCGUCUUCUGAAUGAAGAUUAA